AUGGCAAAAGGUAGCAGGGGAAGGCACAGGAUUGCUUCUCGUCACUACAGAGUGACUCCAUACCGACUUGCUCCUUGCAAAAGGGAUAUUUGUGAAGACUUGUGCCAAAAGAAAUGUUCUAAGACUUUGGAAAUGAGAGAGUGGGAAGAUGUAACAUGUUCUGUGUGCAUGGAAUAUCCACACAAUGCUGUUCUUCUUCUUUGCUCUUCUCAUGACAAGGGUUGUCGUCCCUAUAUGUGUGGAACUAGCUUUCGUCAUUCCAAUUGCCUUGAUCAGUACAAGAAAGCUUAUACUAAAGUAAUUUCAUCUAAUGGGCAACCUAUGGAAGGCAAUCCAGGCGUGCUACAAGAUUCAAACUUGCCUCUUGAGAAGAGUGAAGCCACAGAGCUUGCGUGUCCUCUAUGCAGGGGUCAGGUGAAAGGUUGGACUGUUGUGGAACAUGUUCGGGACUACCUCAAUGCAAAGAAAAGAGGCUGCAUGCAGGAUGCUUGCUCAUAUGUGGGGAACUAUAAGGAGUUGAGGAGGCAUGUUCGGGCAGAGCAUCCCUCAGCACGCCCUCGGAUGGUGGAUCCUGCUGACGAACAGAAAUGGAGAUGGCUUGAGUGGGAACGUGAAAGGGAAGAUGUUAUCAGCACAGUAACAUCAGCAAUGCCUGGGGCCGUAGUUUUUGGAGAUUAUGUUAUAGAAGGUCACCAUAAUGAAUUUGAUACAGAUGAAGAGGAGGGUGCAGGUAAUGCAGAAAGAAAUGGAAGAUUUCAGAUGGGUAUUGAGGCAAUGAAUUUCUUCCUCCUGUUGCAUGCAGUUAGGCAAGGAAAUGAACUUAACAACCUUGGUAGACGGCUGAGGCCUGAACUGACCACCAACAGGGUUGCAGAUCAGAAUGUGACUGCCGUGCUGGAUAUCUCAGAUGAAGAGAAUGAUAAUGAUGACAGGUACGAUGAAGGUAAUGAUGGUGGUGUAUCUUUGGUUAGUCGUCUCCACCGCCAUGGUGGUGGCAGAGUUUUAUUGGGUCGUUCUGGUAGGAGGCGCAGAUAUAGAGAAGCACGUGCAAGGAUUGCAGAUAGUUGA